UUGGCUUAAAUUUUUUUUGAACGCAUAGAAUUUUAUUGGUUAAUAAGUAUAAUUUUAAGACAUGGCAGAUAGUUUAAAAAGGAAACCGAUUCACGCGAACAACACCGGUAACAUACAAGAUAAGGAGAAAAAUAUGUUGCAACAAAAAUCAAAAAUAAUACAAGAUCAUCCGAAAUCUAAAACAAAAGGAAGUAAAACGAAAUUGCCAGAAGAUUCGUCUCUGCAAGAAAAUGAACCUGUAAAUCAAGAAAUUGGAGGUGAUUACAACAGAGAUGAAAGACUGCGAAGUGUAUCUCCAGGAGGCAAAAAAGGGAAAUCCCCGAAAGAAAAUCAAACCAUAUUGAAUGAAGCAUCAUGUCAGACUAUUGAUGAUCCCCCAAAGCAAUGGAAAAACAUAUUAUUAUUCUUAUUAAUAGCAAUAGUGAUUGGCUUUGUAUUUGUUAAAACAGAUUAUAGCGCACUUUAUGGCUAUGCCACGAAACCUAGAUUAGUUUGCAAUUUCAAUCGAUUAAUUAAAAGGUACCCUUCAGAAGAUAAAAGCUUAUGGGUGGCUUUGAAAUAUGGAAUCGAAGACAUUUUAAAUCUUGAAAAUCCUGAAGGUCCAAGUGUCUAUUUGUUUAUGCGUGAUAAUAGUUCAACGGCCGUGAACACGAAUUUCGUUGAAGAUAUAGCAUAUUUAACCGCAUCUUGUUUUGAUAAAGAAUUAGAACCAAUUACAUUUACGAAGGAUGAUUUUGAUUCCGAUGACUAUGGAAUUGCUAUUGCAAAAUAUAAAAAAGAUAUUCAUGAUGGUGGUGUUUUGGUUGUCACAGUAAAUUUAAAUGAGGUUCCAGGAGCAGCAGCACGAGCAUUACAUACUAUUUGCGACAAAUUUAGCCCUAUAGUUAGGAAAGUUGUAAUAUUCUUAUCACUUAUAAUAGACCCCAAGUCUGAAGGUUUACCCCUACAAAUAGCUGAAGAUACACUAAGAACACUUUGGCGAUCUUCUCUUACUAGAAAUGAAUUAGAUCCUUUAAUUGUUCGUGUUUCAGAUUCUGUUUUUCGUUUAAAAUCAUAAAAAAUAUAUUCAUAUUUUUCAUCAGAACACAAAAAAAAAAGUAGUUUAGCAUUUAAUCAAGUCUGUUAUCAUGUAAAGUAAAUUUUGAUAUAUUGUAAUUAAAUUUUUAUCUGAUUAAUAA